AUGAGCGCCACAAAAACACAGUCGCAGAAGAUCUUCGAUAAGCUGAAGGCGAAGCCUGCCAACAAGGUAUGUUUCGACUGCGGCCAAAAAAACCCGACAUGGUCAUCUGUACCUUUUGGCGUCUACUUGUGCCUCGACUGCUCCUCCAACCAUAGAAACCUGGGUGUCCACAUUUCUUUUGUGAGAUCGACGAAUCUGGACGUCUGGCAAUGGGCUCAGCUGCGCACUAUGAAAGUCGGAGGGAAUGAGUCGGCCACCAAAUUCUUCCAGAUGAACGGUGGAAGCGCCGCUCUUGCCAGUAAAGACGCCAAGGUCAAAUACACUUCCAAUGCGGCCAACAAGUACAAGGAGGAACUGAAGCGUCGAGCAGAGAGAGACGCUCAAGAGCACCCCGACGAAGUAGUCAUCACCGACGACCCCCUCUCCGCCGCUGGCGGCGAUGGCACCUCGACGCCCGCAGGCGAACCAGCCGACGACUUCUUCUCUUCCUGGGACAAGCCCACGAUCAAGCGGCCUAGCAAUCCGCCUUCGAGAAGUGCCACCCCUCCUGUCGUCUCACGCACCGCCUCCCCAUUCCUCUCCACUGGCAACGCCAAUGGCGCGCAGUCUCGACCCAAGUCUCCGUCCCCACUAGCCUCAAGUACUGGUGACGGCGAAGCCGCUCUUCCUGCUCCGACAGCUAUCCGCACAACGUCCUCCUCUGCCAUUCGCAAGUCUGGCCCGCUGGGCGGCGCCGGCGCAAAGCGUACAAAUGUCCUGGGUGGAAAGAAGCCUGCACAAAAGCUUGGAGCUAAGAAGGUUGUCGGCGAGGAGAUUGACUUCGAAGCCGCUGAAAAGGCUGCGAAAGCUGAAGCCGAGCGGGUAGAGAAAUUGGGCUAUGAUCCAGAAGCAGAGAAGACUGAGGAACUGGCCAAAAAUAAGUCCUCGAAUUUUGGAUCUGCUUCUGCACCGCCAAAAGAGAGUCCGGCACCAAUUAACACUUCUGCUAGGGGCGCUCCCAAUCCCAGUCACGCCCGGAGUCCGAGUGAGAUCGAGAGACUGGGUAUGGGCAUGAACAGAUUAGGGUUUGGCCAGAUUGGACCGACCAAAGCAGCAACAGGAGCAUCUUCCGCGGCCGCACCCAGGAAAUUGGGCUUCGGCGCAGUCGGUCCCGCUAAGCCAGCAGCAGCAGAUGAUGACGGCGAGCAAUACGCGCGCCAAAAAUUUGGCACCCAGAAAUCGAUCUCCAGUGACGAAUUUUUCGGCCGUGCCUCCUAUGACCCUUCCGCCCAAGCCGAGGCAAAGUCCCGGCUGCAAAACUUCGACGGAGCGACCAGUAUCUCAUCCAAUGCGUACUUUGGGCGGCCUGAGGAUGACCUUACGGGUUUGGAAGACGGAAAUUACGGAGAUAUCGAGACCGUAGCGAAGGAUUUCGUGCGAAGGCUAGGGUUAACUGCUGGAGAUGAUUUGGAGAAUCUUAUUAACGUUGCAGGAGAGGGAGGGAGGAAGUUGAGAGGCGCGGUGGCGCGGUAUUUGAACAGUUAG